CAUUCCAGGUUGGUUCAUGGCUCUGUUAAACACAAGCUACAGUGGGAUUGUCCCCCUGAAACCCUUCCAUUUGAUCCUCUUCUUAUCACUUUAGCAGAGGGGCUGAGAGAGACGAGGCAUCCAUAUACGUUCGUCUCCAAGGAGGGCUUCAGAGAAUUGCUGUCGGUGGGAGGAGCCGCCCAGAAGGCCGUCCCGCUGCUGCCUCGCCUUGUUCCCGUAUUAAAGGCUGCUUUGGCCCAUUCAGAUGGUGAAGUCUUUGAAAGAGGUCUGACUGCUUUGGUACAACUGAGUGCUGUCAUUGGCCCUGCACUGAAUGAUCACCUGAAGCAUCUUCUCUCAAGUCUUUCCAAGAGGCAGAUGAGCAAGCAAUUCAAAGAGCAAACAACAGAUGCUUUGCAGAAGCUGGAGCAAUAUGGCGGGAAGGAAAGCUUGGCUAUUAUAAAAUCUAAAAUUCCAACUUAUUGUUCAAUUGGUUUCUGAAGAGAGUUGUGAAGAAGAACGUCCCCUGGGACUGUCUGUUCUACUGUGACCUCUUUGUCGAUAGGACACUGCUCUCUCUUGCGGGAUACGAGGAAUGGUCAGCGCUGACGUGAAGAGUAGAUAUGCUUCUCAGUACUUCUAGCAAGAGUUACAGAUCAGUUCAUCCGGACGGGAUAAUGGAGUCAUGUCUCUUUGUCAAAUGUAACUAUGAAGAAAAUAGAGAUAUUUGCUGUGUAUUUAUGUGUUUGCUAAAUGUGAUGCAUUAAAUGUUGUGGGUAUAGUCCAACUCAAGUCAAGUACUGUUACAACCUGUUGAUUCAGUAGAAGGGUGUUAAACAGGCACUCAAGUCUUAUCAAAUGGGCCAAAGGGACUUGAAAGGGCUCGAAUCUGCUCCGGGUGCGUCGUGCUUCAUUUAUUUUGAAUCAGACACUCCUUGCCUUGGGCUCAGAGAGAAAUGUAUUUUUAUAUUGUUAGGUUAAAGAGAGAUUUCUUUCCCUAAGGAUUAGAAAAAAUGUGUGAAGUCUGUUAAACUUCACGCAAGCCCUUCCAGGAAUCUACCAAGUUUUACAUUAAUGUGCUAAAAUUGCUUCACUCUUUAAUUUGAAACGGUGGUGAGAUUACAAGUAUCAAAAGAUAAAAUUCAGAGAUUUAACAGGUACUUCUUGGAGUAUUAAAUUUUUGCAGAAUAAAUUUG